AUGAGAGUUCAACCAGACUAUCGUCUAAAUUUGUGGGAGACCUCAUUCGAAUUCCAGAGCCCAAAGAUGCUUCCCAUUCACGUAGGCAUACGUAUCAAUGAUGAUGAAGUCUGGGAGCACAGAAGGGCCAGAUUGAGAGAACUAGAGUUGGUUAACGGACCACACCGCCAAGUAGAAUUCAGAUAUCAUGUGUAUCCGCUGCUGCAUGCCGCCAUGAAAGACGGCAAAGUAGACGAUUUCAUCAGUGCCCUUGAAAAAUAUUCAGCUGAAGAGGGGGUCUCUUUGUCCAACAUCGUCAUAAUACGGGGCCCUUCUAGAAACUCGUUGCUUCACAUUGCUGCAGGUAUUGAGAACCCCGACAUCCUCAGAGCUCUCCUCGAGGUUGGACCUGACAGGUGUCCCACCUUCAACCUGAACCACCUAGGGGACAACCCGCUCCACAUCGCGGCAAGAGCUGGCAAGAUCCAGACGGCCGAGCUGCUCCUCCGCUGCAACAUGUAUGCGGACGUGCAGAAUGGUGUGGGGAACACGGCGCUGCAUGAGGCUGUGAAGAAACGUGACUCGAAUAUGACCCGUCUGCUCCUGAGGCAUGGCUCAAGAUCGGUGUUUCGGAAGAACUCCGAAAGCAGGUGCCCUCUGUACUUGGCAGUUGAGACAGGGAAAUUGGAGAUUCUUGAGCUAUUGUUGAACGUGGAUGGGAAUGAAGACCUUAUGUCCGGGAUGCUAGGCCUGUCACCAGUUCACAAAGCCGUGAAGCACAAAAGAUUAGAUAUGCUCAGAAGAAUGUUGGAGCGGAAGAAACAGCUAUUUGAUUUAAGAGGUGCAGGAGAUGAUACUCCCCUCCAUCUAGCAGCAUACGAGAAUUAUGUCGAGGGAGUCAACUUCUUGGUCCAAGAGUUCACUUGGAGUACCUAUGUGGGUAACAAAAAAGGCCAUCUUCCAAUCCACAUCGCGUGUAAGAUGGGUCAUCUUGAAACAACCAAGGAGCUGCUUCAAAAUUGGCCAGAUCCAGAAGAGUUGCUUACUUUAAAUAAACGACGAAAUAUACUUCACCUUGCGGCAAAGUAUGGAAGGGUCUCAGUGGUAAAGUACAUACUCGGAGAUCCUAAGUUUGAGAAGCUUAUAAAUGCCAAAGACAGGGAAGGAAAUACGCCUCUACAUAUAGCUACAUUAAACUGGCAACCCGAGAGCUUAACAGGAAUUAUCUUAGUCUCAGCUGGAGCACGUAGAAGCAAAGACGAAGGAUUUUGCCAAACAAAAAGCCAAGGCUUGGCGAGAGGUCUAGAGUCUUCAGAUAGACUAAAAACUGAGGCCAACACCCGUAUGGUUGUGGCAACGCUUGUUGCCACUAUUACAUUUGCCGCUGGCUUUUCUGUUCCUGGAGGAUAUAAUAACUCUGAACCAGAUGCAGGAAUUGCUACACUGUUGAACAAACCCAUAUAUGACAUCUUUGUGAUCAGCAAUACCAUAGCCAUGUACAGCUCGAUAAUUUCAGCUGUAAUCCUUCUAUGGACACAGAUAAGUGAUUCGGUUGCGAUGCUUUAUGCCCUUAAAAGGGCAAGGACACUGCUGCUCAUAGCUCUUUUGACAAUGGGAGUGGCCUUCAUGGCGGGGGUCUAUGUGACCAUAAGCAAACGCAAUUGGAUUGCCAUUGUCAUCUGGGCCAUCGGAACCAUUGCCCUCUCCGUUAUCUUGAGUCUUUACCUUGCCUUGUUCUUUCCACUUGGGUACAAUUCUCGCUUUGUCCGGCUCUUCGCGGACUACAUCAUUAGAGCUGGUAUAUUAAUUUCAAGAAGUGUGGCCGAAUGA